AUGCGGUCAGAAAACGGUUUUUUUUUUUUUCGCAGUAGUAAGGAUGUCUUUAUAAACUUAUUUACUUAUUUAUCUUUACAGGGGAAAUGCCUCGCUUUUAUGGGAGUGCCUAUGAAAAAUGGUGGACACAUUUUAUUCCCCGAAGAAGCAGUAUAUCUUAUAGAGCAUUGCAACGCCUAUGCCACAGACGGAGGUCGUCUGCUGACCCUUUACGACGGGUACCGUAUCCUCCAAGAGUGUAGUGUUUCAAUGCAUAAAUUUCGUGCCUAUUCGGCGCUUCGUCAAGGUGGAUUCGUAGUGCUGCGGCCAAAAAUUUUUCUGCAUUCCCUACCAAAAAUCCAAAGUGUGGAGAGGGAACCUCUAGAUAUCAGAAGUGUGAAGCCUAUGUAA